UCUAUAAUUUAACGUGUUUGGCACAACAUGUACGAGUGGUCUAGAAGCCCCAAAAAUUGCUGCACCGUAACGCACCCCUCUUUAUCUUCGUCCAAGUACUGGAUAUAGAUAGCCAGAGCCAGCCAAAUACAACUUCCAGUUUCACUUCAGAACCCAAUACAAACCCAACAACUCGAUAAUGUUUUCAUGUAGCAGGACAUCAUCAUCCCUCAUGUUAACAUACGCCGCCCCUUCUGUAUACCCCCAAGACUUGACGCCCUCACUCUCUCUCCUCUCCUUUAAGCCGAAGACCACUACUUUAUCGUGUUACAGCAAGCCCCUUGUGUUGAACUGUGGAGGGGAGAGGAAAACAAGCCAAUGGAUUGAUUUUGGUGCGUUGAAAGAGAUUAAAAAUGGGGCUUUUAAUGGCCACGUGGUUGUGGCCGCGGUGGCUGCCGAGGCUGAGGUGGCUACUGAUGACGUGGAGACGACUGAAGGAGGUGGUGCUGAUGUGGCUAGUGCUACUGUUACUACAACACCAACGAAGCCUAAGAAAGGCAAGGCUGCGUUGCCUCUCAAGAGAGACAGGACGAGAUCUAAGAGGUUCUUGGAAAUUCAACAAUUGAGAGAGAGAAAAAAAGAGUAUGACUUGAAGACAGCAAUAUCGUUGAUCAAGCAAAUGUCUAGUACAAAGUUUACAGAAACAGCUGAAGCUCACUUUCGCCUCAAUAUUGACCCCAAAUAUAAUGAUCAACAGCUGAGAGCAACAGUAAGUUUGCCAAAGGGAACUGGACAAACGGUUAAAGUGGCUGUUCUUACUCAAGGUGAAAAAGUGGAUGAGGCAAAAAAUGCAGGAGCAGACUUGGUUGGUGGUGAAGACUUGAUUGAACAAAUAAAAGGAGGAUUCAUGGAGUUUGACAAGUUAAUUGCUUCCCCCGAUAUGAUGGUUAAGGUUGCCAGCCUAGGAAAGAUUCUUGGACCACGGGGACUCAUGCCAAAUCCAAAAGCUGGUACUGUAACAGCUAAUAUACCUCAGGCUAUCGAAGAAUUCAAGAAAGGGAAAGUUGAAUAUAGAGCAGAUAAAACUGGGAUUGUUCAUAUACUUUUCGGGAAACUCGACUUUUCUGAAGAAGACCUCAUCAUAAACUUCCUGGCUGCUGUUAAAUCAAUUGAAACAAACAAGCCUAAAGGUGCAAAAGGAGUAUACUGGAAAAGCGCCCAUAUUUGCUCAUCAAUGGGACCUUCCAUUCGGUUAAACAUAAAGGAGAUGCUUGACUACAAGCCUCCAUCAAAUGCAUAAAGUACAAAGCUAACUCUUGUAAAUGAUGUCUUCAACUGUUCAAUCCGCGGCUGGGGUAUCUUUGCUGGUGCUUGUUUAAAAUGGUAGUAGAGUAAUCAUGGCGCAGUAAAGAGACCUUGGUUGUCACGUUUGCAAAGAAAUUGUAAGAGAAAAAAUUAUGCAUACUAUACUGCAGAGUUUCUUCUCUCUACGGACAUAAGAUUGUGUAUCACUGUCAUUAUCAAUUUCAUAUCUGCAAUCUUUUGAUGACAA